CUGGCGGGAAAACCCUCUGAAUAUAACUCGGAUACGGAGGGCGCUGAUUACGGGAUAAAAUAUAGAGCAGCCAGGCUCCACCACGUUAUGUCGACGGCCUUCCUCGUGGACAGUCUCCUGCACGCCCAGCAGACCUACACGGAAAGCCAGCUAAAGUCCAGCCUGAGCGAGAUGCUCCUCUCGCGACGUUCGGGCGCGGAUCCCGCGGUGGAUCCUGCGGAUCAGCCCUCCGCCGAGUCCUGCGGCUGCUCCAAGCUACGCGGCUACAAGUGUGAUAAGUGCCGCGAGUUACGUGCCGAGAGUGUGGACAGCAUCGAGAUGGAGAUGGACGAGGACGAUGGUUCCUCGUCGGCGGAUGAUAUUGUGGCCGAUAUCGGCAGUGUCGAGGGCGAGGAGCCGCACAUGGACCUGGACGAGGAGCUGGAGCUGGACGAACUGGCCGAGGUGGACGAGCCCGUGGCAAUCAAAUUGCCCAAGGUGGAGCCCAAGGAGGCCAGCCUGCCGGCGGGGGGCAACACCAUCCUCAAGGAUACCAACAGCAAGCCCAUCCUCAAGUUCAGCGUCAGCGCGAUCCUGGGGGACACCCGGGAGGGAGUCCGGGUCAGGAAUGAAUUCAUGCAACCGCAGCAUAUAUGGCCUUAUCUGCAGCAGAACUUCAUGCAGCAGCACUCGCAUCAAUAUCAGCAACACCAUCCGCAGCAGCAUCCCAAUCCCCACCAGCAGCACCAGUCGCUGCCAGUGCCAGGACACCACCAUGCCCAUCCGCAUCCUCAUCCGCACUCGCAUCAUCAUCACCAUCACCCCCAUCCGGGGGCGGGGCACGCCCACUUUCCGCAUCCCGCAUUUCUAACGCAUCAACUGCCGCCGCAGCAGCAGCAGCAGCAGCAACAUGCACAGCAGCAACAUCAGCAGCAUCCCGGCAAUAGUUGUCAACCGCAAACCGCAUCCUCGUCGUCGUCACCUGGCAGCACAAUUAGUGAUAGCGACAACAAUCACGGGGCAACUGCCCAUGGGAAUGGCAGUUCUGGCCAGGAUGGUCGACCGCACGAGCUGGCGAAUCCCAAUGCCAAUGCCGACGAGGACAAUGCCAGUCGAAGAUUAACGCAAGACAAGCAGCUGCUGGGCGCCGGGGGAGGCGGAGGAGCAGGGGGAGGAUCUGCAGGAGGAGGAGGAGGAGGUCAUGGCCAUCCGACGCCGCCGCCACCGCCUCCUCCGCCGGUGAUUGCCAAGCCCAUGCCCAGCCGUCCCACGCCCUUCCUGCCGCACACCCUCAACCACCCGCACCUCCACUCGCUGCUGGCCCACUGUCGCAAUCCCUACAUGAGUGUUGGCGCCCAAGUGUUUCCCCUGCCGCCUGGCCAGGGAUUCCCCUGGGCUCACUCGACUCGUGGGAAGCCCCGCCGUGGGAUGAUGCGACGUGCCGUCUUCUCAGACUCACAGAGGAAGGGCCUGGAGAAGCGGUUCCAGCAGCAGAAGUACAUCAGCAAGCCGGAUCGCAAGAAGCUGGCCGAGAGACUGGGAUUAAAGGACUCUCAGGUGAAAAUUUGGUUUCAAAACAGGCGGAUGAAGUGGCGCAACUCCAAGGAGCGGGAGCUCCUGGCCAGCGGCGGUUCCCGCGACCAAACCCUGCCCAACAAGAACAACCCCAAUCCGGAUCUGAGCGAUGCCAAGUGCGAUCGCCCACUGACGCCCCUUUCGCCCUCCCUGCUCUCGCCCAAUGGCAGUGCCACGCCCCCGCCCCCAGGAGCGGUGGCCAAGGAUGAGCCGCCAGCGGCCUCGGUGACGCCCAAGUCACCCAGUCAGUCGGCCAGCAGCAGGAGCUCGCCCUCGGUGGGCUAUGGCCUCCAGAUCAGCUCGCCGCCUCCGCUCCUCACCAGCCUCAAGAUGGGCGACCAAUCGGCCGCAGCCACGCCCACUCCGGGACCACCCACGGUUUCAUCCGCCGCCUCCUCGCCGCCGGGAGUAAGUGCCUCCGAGUUUCAGGCCAAGAUCAAUGCCGAGAUGCAGAAGCAACUGGUGGCGGCCGACCUGAAGUUCAAGCUGGAGAACAGCAUCCAGGAGGCCAAGCAGCGGAGGUUCGAGCAACUGCAGCAGCAGUUGCACCACUCGCCGCACUUCAGCGCCAUGAGGGAGGUGGAACUGGCCGCCGCCGCCGCGGCUGCGCAACUGCAUCAUCAUCACCAGCAGCAGCAGCAGCAACAUGCCCAGCAGCAACACGCACAGCAGCAACAUGCACAGCAGCAACAUCCAGCGGGCUCCGAGUUCAUGAAGCUCUACUAUGAUGACUACGACGACUCCAAUUCGGACAGUGACGAGGAGAUCAGCGUGACGUGAUUCGUGACCGGAACGCUGACUGGGAUUGCGGAUAAAUGUGGCACCUUGU